CAAAAUGGCCAUCUUCUUCGAUUCUUGGGUGACCGAAAUGUUGGCUCUCUUGUCAACGGUUUUCGCGAUACUUUACGUCACAUUUAAAAUCAGUUACACACACUGGAAGAAGAAAGGGCUGCCGUAUUUGGAGCCGUCUUUCCCGCUUGGAAAUGCAUGGAACACGGCACUAAUGAGGAAAAACAUUGGCGAGGAUCUGCGGGACGUCUAUUUUGAAGCAGAAGGCAAAGAUGUCGUCGGUAUUUACUCAUUACACAACCCUAUUCUCGUUGUGCGGGAUCCAGAGCUGAUCAAAACGAUCUUUGUGAAAGAUUUUAACUAUUUUCCCGAUCGGGGUGUUUAUGUGGACGAGAAGACAGACCCACUGUCAGCACACCUCUUCUUCCAAUCAGGAGCCAAGUGGAAGUCAUCGCGCCAGAAGCUGUCCCCCACGUUCACGUCUGGAAAAAUGCGCGCCAUGUUCGGCAUAGUGCGCGACUGUGCACGCACUCUGGUUGACGUCACACCUGUGGGCAGCGUUGUGGAAGUCCGUGAGAUGCUUGCCCGCUACUCCACUGACGCCAUCGCUUCCUGCGCCUUCGGCAUCGAUGUAGACAGCCAGCACAACCCCAACGCUGAGUUCCGACAGUGGGGACGGCGCUUCUUCGAGCCUUCGUUGCGUACCUUCCUGUCUUUGGGUGUGGCACUCGCUAAUCCCAAACUGCGCACCCUGUUACCUAUACCCCUCGUUCAAAAGGACAUCGCAGAGUACUUCACACAGAUCGUCAAGGACACAGUCAGACACCGAGAGGGAACAGGAGUCAUUAGGAAGGACUUCAUACAGUUGAUGGUUCAGUUGAAGAACAACGGACACAUCGAUGACAGCUUUUCAGUCUCUGGGCAUAAGAAUUCUCAACAAGAGAACGGGAUCCUGACGACCAAGGAGAUGGCAGCACAGGCGUGGGGGUUCUUCCUCGGUGGGUUCGAAACUUCCUCCAGCACUUCUGUACGAGCUCGCUAGACACCCGGAUAUUCAGAAGAAACUACAAGAAGAAAUAGACGACGUGAUGAAGAAGACAAAAGGUGAUGUGACGUAUGAAGACAUAAUGACCCAGAUGCCAUACCUGGAAAAGGUGGUGAACGAAACCCUUCGUCUGUACCCUCCAGCUACAAUUCUGAAUCGCGAGGUGGCGAAGGAUUAUAAACUGCCAGGAUAUGACUGUGUGUUGGAGACAGGAACUAAGGUGAUCAUUCCAGUCAUGGGACUCCAUCAUGACAAGAAGUUCUUUCAAAGUCCUGAUAAAUUCGACCCGGAGCACUUCUCUGAGGAGCAGGUGGCAUCCAGACAUGCCUACAGCUUUCUGCCUUUCGGCGAAGGGCCACGCAUCUGCAUUGGCAUGCGUUUUGGCUUGAUGCAAAUGAAGACGGCGAUAGUACAUCUGCUGUCAAAAUUUGUCGUACUGCCUGUGGACGACAAGCCGCUGCGGAUGGAUCCGAGCUUCCCAGGGCUUACACCAAUCGGCGGUAUGAAUUUGAGGUUCGAGCGGCGACAAGAGCGUGCGUGCUGAAGACCUGCAGCUGCAGUGGAAAACUCUGUGGAAAUGUCUGCACACACUGUGUUCACAUCUGCUGACAAGUGGAUCCAACAUUAGGCCUCUUCUAUGAUGGAACACUAGCACCAUCUAAUUAAUCAGACUGUUGUUUAAGACUGUGGAAGCGUGCAGUUUUCUACUGAUACUACCGUUCUAACAACAGGUGCCAAUCUUUUGUUCUGUAUUUUGUUGGAUGUUCAUUGAGAUUGAUAUCACUGUCAAAUGGAAUAAUUGCUCAUUUAACUAUAAAAAUGUUUCAUGGUAA